AUGGAUGAAACUUCUCGCAACGUUCGCUACGAACUGUUCCAGUUCUACUUGAAAGAAUGCCGCCCGCCCACGGUCGACGAGCUGGCCAAAGCAUCUGGCCUUCCAUCGUCCGACAUUCCUCCUGUCCUUCGCCAGCUUGAGGAUGCUCACCACAUCGUACUCUACAAGCAUGAAUCUUGCGCGCCAACUCCCAUCGCAAUGGCUCAUCCGUUCUCUCAUCUCCCGACUCCCUUUGUGGUGUCCCAAGGCUCGCGAAGCUGGUGGGCUAACUGUGCCUGGUGUGCAUUCGGCCUCGCCGCAAUGCUGUCCCCGGCGAAAACGACCGUGUCAGUCCGGUCCGGCUCCAUUGGCAAGGAGAUGCAAUUCGUGAUCCAAGACGAUGAGAUCAAAUGCCUCAGCCCUGAGGGAGAGGUCAACACAAGUGACUGCUGCGUGCACUUUUCUGUCCCGCCUUCGACCUGGUGGAGAGACGUUCGGUUUGCGUGCGGAACUAUUCAGUUCUUCGCAUCUAAGCAAGAGGCUCAGGAGUGGCCUCAGAAGCGCGGCUUUCACGCUGGGGAUAUUAUGAGUUUGGAAACAGCGUGGCUGUUAUCGAAGGCGUGGUAUCACAACAAGCAUGAACAUGGGUAUAAUCGGAAAACUUCCGCUGAAGUUGAAGAAUUGUAUACACGUCUGGGAAUGACGGCAGGUUUCUGGAAGUCUUGA